UCUUUAAUUUCAGAGAAUUCAAGAAACCCACCCACCCACCCACAAAGCCUUCCCAGUUUCCUCACAGCAACCAAUCUUGGCGUAAAAAUUGGCAAUGGAAGAAAUGGAUGCUUGUACUCUUGGUAUUAUUGAUCGAGAACCUAUUAAGAUCUUACUAAAUGAAGGCCCUUCCAUUGAAGCCAAAGACAUGGAAGAGGUAAGAAGCUCGAUGGAAAUUUUAAACCGAGUGGACUUGGACUUGGCGUAUUCUUCUGAGAAGUUGGUGAAUCUUGGGAACCUUCUCGUGAAUGUGAGGGCAAAACAAGAUGAAGUUGAAGCAUUGGCAGUAGCGAAUGAUGAUUCUGUGGAUUCGGUUGAGAAAGCAUUGACGUUGGAUCACUUAAAUGCUGUUCUAAAUUCCGAAAUAAGACAGCUGGAUGAGUUUUUCAGUAAUCUUCACGAUAUAAUUCUCGAUGCCCGCCAAAAGAUUUCUUCGUGUGGGAGGUUGAGCGAAUUGGGUAUAAUAGUGGAGAACAAAUUGCACGAUUCCGAAGAAUCGUUGGGACAAUUAAAAGAACGUGUUAUGAAAUUGAAGAUGCAGCUUGCCAAUGCAUUGCAGAUUGGCUCUUUAGGUUCAAAUCAAGAUGAAUGGAGACUCGGGGUGGCUCCGAAGCCUCAAGUGCAGGCAGCAGAGCAAAAGCGUGUUCUAAGAAUGUUGGAAAAAUCUCUUGCAAGAGAGCUGGAUCUCGAGAAGAAAAUAACGGAGAUGAAACAAAACGAAGACGAUCUUAAAUUGAAGCUAAGGUUAAGAGAACAAGUCGCUUUUUGUAUGGAAGAGGCCGCUGAGGUGAUAUGGGGGAGGUUUCUAGAGGCAGAAAACACGGUCGAGGUGCUAAUGGGUAUAUCAAAAGAGAUGGCGGGCCGACUCCAGAUCAUUAAUUUCAACCUAAACGGUUCCCUUCAAAGGGAGCACGAAACGAAAUUGAAAUUCGAGGCUUGCCAGCAGCAGCUAAAUGCUAAAGAUAUUGCCAUUCGGAAGCUCAACGAAAGCAUUGCACAGCUUAACGCCGAAAAUUCUGAAGUACUCUCUUUGAAACAAAAUGUCGAAACUUUAGAACAAAAGUUGAGUGGAUCCGAGUCUCAACUAAGGAAGGCAAAUGCAUCAAUCGAGGAAAAUCGGGAGCAAAUUAAAGAAAUGGAAAGCGAAAUAGACUCUUUGAAAGAAGACGUUUAUCAGUUGGAGAAUAGGGCUGAAAGCGCAGAGGCAAAAGUGGCGGAGCUAACCGAGACGAACUUGGAGCUAAAUGAAGAAUUGGGGUUCCUUAAAGGCAGUAACGAUAGUAGUACAAAAAAAGUGAGCAUUCUCGAGAAGAAGAUAAGAGAAUUGGAACUUCAACUUCAGCACGCUAAAGCGUCUUCCGAAGCAGGCCAAGAGCAGCAAAACAUGUUAUAUUCUGCCAUCUGGGAUAUGGAAACCCUAAUCGAUGAAUUAAAACAGAAAGUUUCGAAAGCAGAAAACAAGACGGACAGUGCAGAGGAGCAAUGCAUUAUAUUGUCCGAAGCUAAUUUAGAUCUUAACAAAGAAAUCGAUAUCCUAAGGACGAGAGUUGAAGACUUGGAGACAUCUUUGAAUCAAGCUGCUGUUGAGAAAAUGGCAAGUGCAAAAGACAUUAACAUUAAGACCAAUUUUAUUAUGGAUUUGGUGAUGCAACUAGCAAUAGAAAGGGAACGAGUGCAAAAACAGUUAUGCUCUUUGAAAAAUGAAAACAAAAUGUUGACCGGGAAAUUAAAGAAGAUGACUUUGGAAAAUGCAUCUCCAACUGGUGUUGAGAGUGGAGAUGGUGAUGAUAAAGAGCCUCCACCUUUUACAGAUAAUUUGGCUGGUGCUACUUGUGUAGAAACUCCUCAGGAAGUGCCGGUAGAAUGCCCUUUGAGAAGCUGUGAGGUGGAAGAGUUACCCGAUAAUCAAACCAGAGAAGGGAUGUCUUCCUCUUCUGCCAAUACAGUUCUAGAGCCAGAGGAAGUCGAGGGAGCAGCAGAGGCAAGGCGGCAUAAGAGCAGAAGGUACAUAUAUGUUGCGAUUCUUGGCGUAUUGCUCUCUAUAUUAGCACCAUUUUUAUACAACCGAAGAUCUUCUUUUGUUAACUUUGAUGGUUGAAUCAUGUUGUGCGAGAAAUUCUUUUAAUUUGUGUAAGUAAAUAUUCUUGCAAACAUUUGUACAGCAUUAUUAGUUCAUUUCACAUUCAUAAGCUUUCUUAGGGAUGAAAAAUACAAGAGAAAAUUGGUUUUUUUUUUUUUUUUUUUUUAAAGUUGUUGUAACUUUGUACCAUUCCACUUCAAGAGAUGUGUUGGUUGCUGUGUAUAUUCUAUGUGGGAAUUCUCCACUCCAAACCAAAUGCUUGUAAUGAAUUUUGGUGUUUUUAUUUAUUUUAUUUGGAAGGAAA